AAGGGAUACCCAAGUCGUGCACCAUCCCCGUUUAACGGUUAUCUCUCAAUAGUCAGCACCAUUGGAUGUACUAUGUCAGUUCUUCAAUAAUUGUGGGUCUUGAUAUUCGGGCAUGCACUCACUCUUCUUCGGGGAGAGAAAACACAUGCACAGCUUGGCAAUCGGCAAAGCGUUCCAACACAGCUGAUGUUAUGUUGCAAAACGGAGCUGGCGUUUCAAAACAGAGUAAAAAAUGGCCAGGAACAAGAACCCGGAAACCUUGGUGAGAAUCGUGCUCGAUUUCUUAAGUGGACUUGUCACUUCUCAUUCCACUCGGAAAGAAGUUCUUCUCUUUCUUCGAGAGAACCUUCACCCUCACCUGCUUGAGCAAUUCUUGUCUAAAUUCCUGCUGGAUCCAUUGUGCGAUUCGGACCUUCAGAUCGAUUGCCUCCUCUACCUUUUCAAUGAGCAUUGCAGGAGUCUGAAAUUCUCCUUCACGGACAAGCGUUACUAUGCUCAAAUUGUGGCUUUACUUCUAAAAGACCAAUUGAAAUUGGAGGAGCUUAACCUGUACGGAGUGUGGCUUCAAGAUAACAUCAAGGCUGACCUAGUGCUUGCUCUCAAGAAACUUGAUCAUUUGACUCAAUUAUCGUUACCACAUAUCGCGGAUGACGCCAUCAUCCACGCCAUCUCUCGAUCUUGUCCCAAACUUAGACAUUUGGAUGUGUCAGGAACCUCACGAAUAACGGAUUCGGGAUUGAGUGAUAUCUAUCAUGACGCGUCUGUGAUACGCACCAGUUUGCUCUAUUUAAACUUAGGUGGGGCCGUGGGUGAUACCCUUGGGCUCUCGGCGGUGGGCGAGAUCGUCAACUAUGUACCCAAUCUGUCCUCUUUAGGCUCGUUCCCCUUUGUUGUCAAAGCGGUCCAUUACAUCUGGGAGAACUAUGAGUGCUCCGAUCAACUCAAAUUGAGAUAUCUUCACGACAGAGCGACAGAUCCACAACAACUGGAUCAAUGUCUAACGCUGAUUCCAAAUGUAAGGUCGUGUUAUUUGGACUCGCCGAAACCCGUCACCUUGACCAUCUUGCCCCAAUUUGUCCACUUGAACAAAGUGAAGUUGAGCCGAGUUCAAGCUGUUGAUAUUCAUGGUCUCGUCUUGGAGCUACCCCGACUAACCGGUUUGGAGCUGGUUUGUGCCAGAGGUUUUGUGGACUUGUUUCAAAUCGGAUCGGCAUUGCCGCGAUUAGACACUUUGGAAAUAUAUUACUCGGAAUACGUCCAGAUCUCGUCAUGGGCGGUGGAAUUUGCCGAGCUGAAAAAAUUGGUCAUAUAUUCGACGGAAUCGCACCUGUGUGCCAAGCCUCUGUUGAAAGCCUGUCCUAAUCUGGAGAAGGUGACGCUUUGUGACUGCUCGGAUGUCACUGAUCAAGAGGUUUUCAACAUUGUUGACGCGGGCUGCUUAUCACGUUGCCAAGAAAUUUACUGGCUAAACGCACCUCUGCUCACUCUUCAGUCAGUUUGGACAUUGAUCACUCUACCAAGUAUGAGAGUGAUCGGCAAAUUAGAUGAGUGGUUGGUCAAUCCUUUCGAGGCUACUGAGUUGGAAGAUGAGAUUCAGCAUUACAAUCUCGAUGUAAAACUUUACGGAAAACCCAAAGGGACGUUCAUCUUUGAACAAGAAAGGUUUGACGACGUCUUCUAAAGAGUGAAAUAAAACUUUUGCGGAACACCCGAACAAUAACCACCUAACCUCGAAAUUGAUCUUUCGAACUUGU